UAUAUCUGUGUGUGACAGAAGACAUCUUACCCACAGUGUAGGUGGUUUCUGUUUUUCUAGCCUGUGAACUGGGUUAGUUCUCCUGAAAUGCAAAGACCCUACCUAGUGUGAGACAUUAGGCUGCAUGAGGUUCUGCCAUAUAAAUUUGUGGCAACUCCAAGACUGUGAUCCCCUUGUGCUCGAAACCAUCCCACCCUACUUUCUUGAGCUCUGUAAAGGGCAUGAAGAAUCUUCCCACUCCCCCCAUUUAUUAGGGUGCCAUGACACUGCACAUUUCCUUUCAGGGUACAAAUACAUAACUCUGGGGUGGGUAUGGGGGGACCUUUUCACGUAGUAGAAAAUGAAAAGGCCGCUUUAAGAGGAGCGAGUCAAUCGGGCUGGUGGCUCGGGUCACGUGACGGCGGUGGUCUUGUUUGCGCCUGUUGAUGAGGUCGCGGCGGCGUCCCAAGUCGGGAUUGGCUAAGGCUGGUGCCUGUGAUGAGACCUCACCCUCCCGGGCACAAAGCGGAAGUGUGCAGGACGCCGAGGGGCGGAGGCGGGAGAGGCAAGGGCGCGAUGAGUGGUCUCGGCAGACUCUUCGGGAAGGGGAAGAAGGAGAAGGGGCCAACCCCUGAAGAAGCAAUACAGAAACUAAAGGAGACAGAAAAGAUACUGAUCAAGAAACAGGAGUUUCUGGAGCAGAAGAUUCAACAGGAGCUCCAAACGGCCAAGAAGCAUGGGACCAAGAAUAAGAGAGCUGCCCUGCAGGCUUUGCGGAGGAAGAAAAGACUGGAACAGCAGCUGGCACAAACUGAUGGGACAUUAUCCACCCUGGAGUUUCAACGUGAGGCCAUCGAGAAUGCCACCACCAAUGCAGAAGUGCUUCGUACCAUGGAGCUUGCUGCUCGAGGCAUGAAGAAGGCCUACCAGGACAUGGACAUUGACAAGGUAGAUGAACUGAUGGCUGACAUCACAGAACAACAGGAGGUGGCCCAGCAGAUCUCAGAUGCCAUUUCUCGGCCUGUGGGCUUUGGAGAUGAUGUGGAUGAGGAUGAACUGUUAGAAGAGCUGGAGGAGCUGGAACAGGAGGAAUUGGCCCAGGAGUUGUUAAACGUGAGCGACAAGGAGGAAAAACCUCCAGUCAAAUUGCCUAGCGUACCCUCUACACAUCUGCCUGCAGGUCCAGCUCCCAAAGCGGAUGAAGAUGAAGAAGCACUAAAGCAGUUGGCUGAGUGGGUAUCCUGAUGAGUCUGGGCUUGUUUGCCUUAUGCUGCUUUUCUUGGCCCCUUUUCCUAAGUGCCAAGUGCUAAGCUAAAGGAGCAUAGCUUUCUGGGGAGGUCCUGCUGAAGGUGGUGGUGUGAUCCUGCCUGAGAAAGGGCUCUGUUGCCCUCCCAGCCCUGGCUACAACUCUGAAGAAGAUCUUACUGCGGAAGGAGCCCCUGGGCUCUCCUCUCUUCCAUGGCAGUUACAGUGUCCUUGCUCCCAAUAAAACUGGGCACAUGGAACCCUGGUAUCUAUA